AUGAACUCCGACUCCGCUCGCCGUCUGGAGGAUCAGUUUGACCACCAGCAGAACGAACCUACCGAUUCAGAUCGCCAACACGCAAAUACCUCCUGGGGCACUGGCCAUAACUCUGCGCAUACCACUGCGACUGGAGCCACCGGCGAUGCCAUCCAACAUGCCCUCGGCCGCCAUCAAGACCCUACUUUCCGUCCCGAUCACACCGUAGAUCCCCAGAGCACAGAGCGACCCGUAUCGCGAAAGAGAGAGGAUGGCGCUGUUGGUGUUGGUGAGGGACCUCAGGUUCUGAGCACCUCGAAUCAGGUUGAGACGCUGUGCGGUCCUCUGCUCAACUACAGAUACAUGAGCGGACAGUCGUCAGACAACCCUUCGUGGCAUGGCAGUGUCCUGAUUGUCACCACUCCCGGCCAGAAGCAGCCUCAGCUUGUUCUUCGUGGUGCUGCCAUCGACUUCACCAGACAGAUCGACGGUGUCAAACUGUACGAAGACCCCAAGAGCGCCUUCUGGCGCUUCGACAUCCAGAUACCAUUCCUCCCUCAAGAGUCCAGAUGGGACUACGAAAUUCCUGGCGCCAAAUAUGUCGAUUCCAAGAAGACGAGCCCUCCUGGCCCCAAAUCGUUCUACAUUCCCUCCAAGACCCAGUCCAUGAGAAUCAUGUUCCACUCUUGCAAUGGUUUCUCGGUCGGUACUGAUACUGACGCUUGGUCUGGUUGCGCUUUGUGGAACGAUGUUUUGCGUAUGCACGAGCAGAAGCCUUUCCACGUCAUGAUCGGUGGUGGUGAUCAGAUCUACAACGACGGUGUCAGAGUGGAUGGUCCGUUGAGGCCAUGGACCGAUAUUGGUUCGCCUCACAAGCGAAGACACUUCCCUUUCAACGAAGAGUUGCGCGCCAAGUGUGAUGAGUACUACUUCAGCAACUACGUGCGCUGGUACGGAACCGAGCCUUUCUCCUUCGCCAACGGUCAGAUUCCCCAGCUCAACAUCUGGGAUGACCACGACAUCAUUGAUGGUUUCGGCAGUUACACUGAUCAUUUCAUGCGUUGUGCUGUCUUCAGAGGUAUUGGUGGUGUGGCUCACAAGUACUACUUGCUGUUCCAACACCAUCUCGCUCCUCCCAAGAGUACAUUCACCACAGACGCCCCGCAGACUGUUCACGCCAAUGAGAAGGGCACCGCUGAUCCUGACGCUGUACAGUUGAGUGACACAUUUGUCAAGACUGGAGACGAGCACGAGCCGUCAUACAUCAUCGGUUCAAAGCCUGGACCUUACGUCGAAGAGCGCAGUAGAUCCAUGUACUGCCAGCUUGGUGCACGCAUUGCCUUCGUCGGUAUUGACGCUAGAACUGAGCGCACGAGACAUCAGAUCAACUAUCCCGAGACCUACGACCAGAUCUUCCAGCGUACAUCUGCCGAGCUCCAAGCAAACCCUGCUAUUAAGCAUCUCGUUUUGUUGUUGGGAGUGCCAAUUGCCUACCCGCGUCUGCAGUGGCUCGAGAACAUUCUCCAGUCACCUGUUAUUGGCCCACUUCGUUUCCUUAACAAGAGAUUCGGAGUCGCUGGCGGCUUCUUCAACCAGUUCGAUGGACAGGUAGAUCUUCUCGACGAUCUGGAUGAUCACUACACGGCACAUCAGCACAAGACGGAGCGUAGAGAACUGAUCCAGCGUCUGCAAGAUCUGUCCAAGAGGCACGGUGUUCGCAUCACGAUUCUUGGUGGUGAUGUUCAUCUUGCGGCACUGGGUAGAUUCUACAGCAACCCUAAACUCAACAUCCCUGUCGAGAAGGAUUGGCGCUACAUGGCCAAUGUUGUGUCUUCCGCCAUCACUAACAAGCCUCCUCCGUCAGCUGUCGCCAACCUUCUUGCUAGUCGCAACAAGAUUCACCAUCUUGAUCACGAUACUGACGAGACUUUGCUCAAUCUGUUCGACAAGGAUCCCGGCCACGGACGUGACGAUGUCAAGAACAAGACCAAGGACAAGAACCACUGCACUAUGCCCAGUCGCAACUACGCAAUUAUCGCAGAGUCGCACAACGGCGUCGGAUCCUCGAUUGGUGCUGCUGUCGAUGGCGCAACCAACGGACAUACCAACGGUCACACCAACGGCCAUACCAAUGGCGCUUCGACACUCACAGCCACUGAAUUUCCAGCUGGAGGUAACCCUCGCGAGGCUCUGCAUGCAGGUGAGCAAAAGGCUGGUACUACUCACCCUGCUGCAGGGGGCUUGCAAAACACUGGCCUCGGUGGCCCUGAUGGUCUUGACGUCUGCAUCAAGGUCGAGAUCUCACCCAGCGACCGCGAAGGCCACACUCAAGGUUACGGAUUCUCCAUCCCCGGUCUCGAUGCUGGUGCAUACAAGGGCCAGGGCACCACAUGGUAA